AGCAUAUAAUAUGUAUAACAUACAAAAUAUGUGUUAAUCAACACUUUACAUUCUCGAUAAAGUCUUCUUUCUAAAAUCCAAUAGCAGUAGGCUGUUAGUAGUUGAGGUUUGGGGGGGCGGUCAAAGUUAUAGGCAGAUUUUUGGCUGCACAGGGGCUGGCACCCCUAACCCCUGUGCUAUUCAAGGGUCAACUGCUUCUCCCCCAUUAAAUGUGAAUUCUUUUAGGACAGAGCAGGCCCAUAUAGGGUUCAACUUGGUGACUGUUGUGCCAAGCAGAGACCCUGGCACACAGCGGUCAUCAGUAUUAUUUUUUGAGGGAAAGAACAGAGUGAAUAAGGCCUGUCUUGGUGUUUCUGAAGGGGAGAUGCUUGGACCAGCCCUGGCAGAAAAUACUGGACUCACCGAGCUUAAUAUAAACUGGAAUCACCUUCGAGGACCAGGAGCUGUAGCCUUUGCCAGGGCACUGGAGGCAAACAUCUUCCUGAGAGUCCUGGACAUCUCAUACAAUGGCUUUGGAGAUCCUGGAGCAUCUGCAGUGGGUGAGGCACUUAAGACCAACAAUGUGUUGGAAGAGCUCAACAUGAGCAACAACCGCAUCUCUGCCGUGGGAGCCCUGAGCCUGGGCCUGGGCCUCCGGGUCAACCAGACACUGAGGAUUCUUGUUGGUGCUGGGGCUGCCUGCUCUUCCUUCUCACUUCCCCUCAAGUUCCAUUGACCUGUGAAUUUCCCAUCUCUCGUCCUUCCUUCUCACCUGCCAGUUGAUCUUUCUAAAGCAGAAACAUGCUCCCGUCCCCUCCUUGCUUUAAACCUGUCAACGGCUCCCCUCUGGAUAAAUCCAAGAUGUCCAGGAAUCCCAUGCGAGGCGAAGGCUGCUUUGGAGUUCUAAAGUCUGUCCGGGAUAAUCCAGGGUCUGCCCUAGAACUGCUGGAUUUCUCUGUAAGAGCUUUUCAUAAAUCUCAUCUGUGAUCCUUCCAACAGCCCCACGAGUUCUCAUUUAGAGGAAGAAAGUAGGGAUUAGAGAAACAGCAUGUCCUG